GCUGCGCGGAGGCGGUGGCGGCAGUCCUGUGACUCAUGCCUGCGUCGAAGCAGAUCAACCGGCGAUUCACGCUUUUAAAAAAGCAAAUCCGAGCACUUCUGGAAAAAAAGGUCAUCUCGCAUUAAAUUCCGCGGCGCGAUUGGUAUUCCGACGUCGUUUCUGGCAGAGUUUAUAAGCGGCGGGUCGCUCCCAGGCUAGAGUCGCCCUGCCAACCUGGACUACGCCAAUAAGAGUGUCCGCUCGCCCCAUCGCAAAUUCAUUGCUGCCCACCGGUCAGAGGAAUAUCGAGGAAAUACGAGGUCCAAGGACUGAGGCUUUUGUGAAAGGAUGGCUUCCUCCGCUCCCUCGUCCUCCAACGAUGCUCCGGACCCCACCCCACCUAAUCUGCGACCCACAACUUACGACUCGUGGUGCGGCGUGGCUCACGGGUGCACCAGGAAGAUCGGGCUGAAGAUUUGCGGGUUCCUGCAAAGGACCAACAGCCUGGAAGACAAGAGCCGGAUCGUCAGCUCUCUGAAGGAGAAGCAGUCCUCCAAAAGCCUGCUGGCAUGCGAGAACAGUGAGAAAGAAUCCAGGUUCCGGCGCACCGAGACAGACUUUUCCAAUCUGUAUGCCAGAGAUUUGUUGCCCUCCAAGAAUGGUGAGGAGCAGACCAUGCAGUUCCUGCUGGAGGUUGUGGACAUCCUCCUCAACUACGUGAGGAAGACUUUUGACAGAUCCACCAAAGUGCUGGACUUCCACCACCCGCACCAGCUCCUGGAGGGCAUGGAGGGCUUCAACCUGGAGCUUUCGGACAACCCUGAGUCCCUGGAGCAGAUUCUGGUGGAUUGUCGGGACACACUGAAAUACGGAGUGAGGACAGGUCAUCCUCGCUUUUUCAAUCAGCUGUCCACAGGACUGGACAUUAUCGGCUUGGCUGGGGAGUGGCUGACAUCUACUGCCAAUACAAACAUGUUUACCUAUGAAAUUGCCCCUGUUUUUGUCCUCAUGGAACAAAUAACACUUCGAAAGAUGAGGGAGAUUAUUGGAUGGUCAAAUAAAGAUGGUGAUGGAAUAUUCUCACCUGGAGGAGCAAUCUCCAACAUGUACAGCAUAAUGGCUGCACGCUACAAGUACUUCCCUGAAGUGAAAACCAAAGGCAUGGCUGCAGUCCCUAAACUGGUUCUCUUUACCUCAGAACAUAGUCACUACUCAAUAAAGAAAGCUGGAGCCGCACUUGGAUUUGGAACAGACAAUGUUGUUUUGAUAAAAUGCAAUGAAAGAGGCAAAAUAAUACCAGCUGAUUUGGAGGCAAAAAUUCUGGAAGCAAAAGAAAAGGGUUAUGUUCCUCUUUUUGUAAACGCAACUGCAGGCACAACAGUAUUUGGAGCCUUUGAUCCAAUACAGGAGAUUGCAGACAUUUGUGAAAAAUACAACCUCUGGCUCCAUGUAGAUGCUGCCUGGGGAGGAGGGCUCUUAAUGUCCCGAAAGCACCGUCAUAAACUGAAUGGAAUAGAAAGAGCCAACUCAGUCACUUGGAAUCCACACAAGAUGAUGGGUGUGCUGUUACAAUGUUCUGCCAUUCUUGUCCGGGAGAAGGGCAUCCUUCAAGGCUGCAAUCAAAUGUGUGCAGGCUAUCUCUUCCAGCCAGACAAACAGUAUGAUGUCUCCUACGACACUGGAGAUAAGGCAAUACAGUGUGGUCGACAUGUGGACAUUUUCAAAUUCUGGUUGAUGUGGAAAGCAAAGGGUACAGUAGGAUUUGAAAAUCAGAUCAAUAAAUGCCUGGAGCUGGCAGAAUAUCUCUACACUAAAAUCAAAAACAGAGAAGAAUUUGAGAUGGUUUUUGAAGGGGAGCCAGAGCAUACAAAUGUAUGUUUUUGGUAUAUUCCUCCAAGCCUCAGGGGCAUGCCAGACUCUGAUGAGAGAAGAGAAAAGUUACACAGGGUGGCACCAAAAAUCAAGGCAUUGAUGAUGGAAUCAGGUACCACUAUGGUUGGAUAUCAGCCUCAGGGUGAUAAAGUCAACUUCUUCCGAAUGGUCAUCUCAAACCCAGCUGCAACUAAGUCUGACAUUGACUUCCUCAUUGAGGAAAUUGAGAGAUUGGGGCAGGACCUGUAGUGGUUGAAUUAUUUAUUUCUCUAAUUCAUUGUUUUCCUGCACUGGUUAUUUUUAUAACCCAGUUCUGCAGAACAUGUUUUAAGGAAAUGCUCUUUCUGUAAGUUCCAGUCUCCUAAGACAUCCUUAAACAAAACAACUAUAGGCUACUGAAAUAUAUAAGUAUUGGUAGAUCAUAUUAUUGAGGGAAAAUGUAUUAUCUUGAAGUUGAAGUACUAUUGACUUUUACAUUAGUCUUGUUUAUUGUAGACAGCAGAAAAUUAAUAAGUAUUAAAAUAGCAAAUUAAGAACUCUGCACAGAAUAUAUGUACAGUAUAAAUAAAUAAAUAUAAUUAUAUAUAUACAUACAUAUAUAUAUAUAUAUCUAAAGUGGUUAUAAACUUAGAUCUAAGCCACAGCAUGUUUUCCACUUUAAGAAAAUUAAGUUUUCCUUCAACAACUUUGAUGUGGAUAAUGUGCUACAAGUUUUUCUGCCAGACAGAAAUAGACAUAUAGAAACAUUUCUAAAAUGUAGAUUCUUAGGAGCUAAAGAAAAAUGUAUAACAGUAUUAGAUCUUAUUGUUGGUGCUUUUCUCACAUAAAAAACAGCAAUCUCUAAGAGCACCUUUGAGUAAAAUAGUUGUACUCGCCCUUUAGUGUCAAAUCAGGGGAUGACAGUAGCACAGUCAUUGUAACAGGUAUAUAUAUUAUUGCUGUAUUUUUAGAGGUUAAUUUGUGUAGAUUGUGUACAUUAUUGUUAAAUGACUUUGUGUAAAAGGAUUGAAAUGUAAUAGUUUUACAGCAAGAUAACUGUUUGAUUGUAGGUAUCUGAAAUAUUUGCUUAUUUAUAUGCAGAGGUUUACCAUGCUGAAGAGUUGUCUUGUAUUUUCUUCCGUUUGUAAUGUAACCUAUUUAUAUAUUAUUGAAGUUCUAAAUAAUGUUUAUGGUAUUUUAGUGUCUUUGUGAGCCAAAGAAAAAAUAUGAAAAUAUUAGUUGACACUUUCAUUUAAAUCCUAGUGCCCUUAAAGUGAUAACUCACAAAUAAUUUUACUGAAGAUAAGUAAUUCUGACAUUGUGUAUAGACUACCAAACUAUGGGAUCCCUUUAAUCUAUUAGAAUUAUUAGAAAUUUCAAUUUUAUUUAUUGUAAUGUCAGACUGUCUGUUCAGUGUUCUGAAUGCUUUUCUAGUGAAUAUUGAUUGCUAACCAAGGCCCCUGUUUUUGAGUUUCAUUUCAGGACUGACCUCUGUGGACUAAAUUCUGUAGGAGUUUUAACCAGCAUAAUUCUUUUAGUGAAAUGGAAUUCACUAUUUGUUUGGAGCUUAUAAAAGAAAUAAAACCAAAAGUAACCUUAGUAUCUUUUAAUACAGCUAGCUUGUCCCAGUAAUUUCAACUGGUUAGGCUUUUCAAAGUAUAGACACCAGAUUCAUCUGCAGCUUGAUCAAUUUUAAUCAUUAGAUAAUCAGUAUUACUGAAUGGAAAAGUCCAUACUGGAAACAGAGUAGUGGAACAAAAUGGAGAUUCAAUAAUCCUCUGUUCACUGAGUUAGUGUCAUUCAAGUGUUUUCAUACAUGAUUCUUUGCAGGUCAGUAAUUAAUUGCUUUUUCUCCCUCCCCUCCACCUCAGUAAUAAAAUGGAAGUAUUUUAGAAACUUUCUGUGAAAUACACUCAUGCUAUACAGUUUUUGCAGUCUCUCUGGCCCCCUAUCAGUCCUGUGGAAGGACACCUACAGGCAAGAGAGAUUUCCACCCUGCAGGUCCCACUGGCUGUGUUUUGAGGAUGGUAUCUCACAUUUGUGGCUGAGUUAGCACAGGGAGAAGAAGCUGUUGAAUGCUGUAUCCUACAGCACAACCUUUCCAGCUUUUCAUAGGACUCUUGCUUAUUCCUCUUUCAUAACCUUCUGUAAAAUCAUUUCUUCAAAUCAAGUUGAAUCCAAAAAUUAAUGUAAAUUUGUCACAGACCUUUAGAUUUAUGAGUAUGACUUUCAAAAUAGAUCUGCAUUGCCUCAUAUCAUUAAAACCCCGAGCAAUCUUAUCAAUACAGUACUUCUUUCAUUAGAUUUCUUGCAAGACAGUGUAGUUUGUUUCUCACCUUCUUGACCUUAAGCCUCAAUCUUCCUCAAUCAUAAGCCUGUUGUAUUACUGUGUAAUCAGUACUUUCCAUUUCCUGAUGCAAACAUCCAUGCUGUGUGACCUGAGGCCUGCAGUACAGAUGUAGUUGGCAUGAAUAUUAACCUCAGUACUAACUUCCAUAAUAUUAAAUGCCACUCUUUAUAGAUACUAGCUAUUCAUCAAAACCAGAGGACCUCUCAUGGAGAGCUAUUCUUAGAGUACAGAAAGAAGUUUGCUUUGAAGCAGAACAUGUCACAUUUUCAUUUCAGACUUCUGUCUGAAAUCUGGUCCCAGUUUUACUUUAUUCAAAGGGCAGCUACAGAAGAUUGAAAAAAUUCUUUCAGUCCUUCUUGUUUAUGAGAAACAAUAUGAACUAAUAUAAUUAAUCCAAAGAUGUAUAACUGGUGACUUAGCUUCACUAGAGGAUUUUAUGUCUUCCACACAAACACCAUGGUUCUUAUGAUUUCCACCAGUUCUUAGGUGGGAAUUUCUGAUUUCCUCCACCUCCCUUGUCAAUAACAGCAGUGCUAAAGCUCUAACUUACCCUCAGUCCUCUAACCUUAAUAUUUUAACCUCAUGGACCCUGUAUCCAGAUCACCAUCUCAAUAUUCUAAUAAUAGUUUAAUGCAUCUGAGAUGUUAAUUCUCCUCAAAGCAUAUAACCUAGGUGAAGGGAAUAAUCUUCAUCCUGAUCAAGAAGCUGUAGGAAAGACCAUAAUACAGCUGACUGACAUUCAUAUAGCAAGCCCCUGACAGUUCUGUGAUCAGUCAGAAACAGAUCUUGAGCUCUUCAGUGCAUCAGAGUUCUUCCUAUUGCCAUUGAUGGUUUGCAGCUAGGUGGGAAUAAUGGAGCUCCUCCUUCUUGUUUUGGAAGUAAGACAGUUAAUGUAUAAGUUUGUAUCUAAAGACAGAAGGCUUAAUUUAAACUUCCUACCCUCUGCAUUCAUCUAGCUUUUCUGCAGUGCUGUGUUCUGACACAGAUGACCACAAUUAGAUUUUUGCAAAGCUUUUGGUUCUAAUAUAAUAUUCUAGGUGUUUUUCUAUUACAUACACUCUGUUCAACAGGCAUUGUGCUCAUACUAAUUUCUGACUUGGUUAGCUGAUUUUAACAGAGGAGUUAUAGUCAUUAGUGAUUUUCUUAUUAGGUUGUUUCCAUCUGAGUAAUAUGCCACAGCUUCUCAGACUAACGCUGGCCUGGAAUUUUUCUUCUUUUUAAUCCAUAUACUAUUGACUGUGAGAGAUUAGGAUGUAUGGAUAUACAGAAAUAUUGACUAAUGCAAAGCAUUUUCAUUCCAGGUGAGCAACUUUGUUUUUCUGAGGUCUAAAAUAUAUUCUGAGGUAGCAAUUUUGCCUGUAAAAUCACAUGGACAAUCACUAAAACUUUGCAUGGGUGAAUUCAGAUCAAUUAAACAAUAGGCAAGAUCUUAGCUGAGCAGGUAGGUACAGUGCUUAUUAACUGAUAUAAUUUGUUUGGAAAAGACUGACCAGUGGAUAAAAAUCAAGAGCAGCUGGUGAUUUUGAAUGAGAAAAAAAUCUGAUUGUGUUAUUAAAGGUAACUUUAAGAUAUUCACAGUAGACAGCCAGAAGCAGGGGCCUUGGGAAUAAUCCAGAAUUUUAAAAUCAUCAUGGAGUUAGCUCAUAAUCUGUUUUUUGAAUGGUGACAAAUAUGAAGAGAUUUUUUAACAGAAUCUCUUUUUUUGUGGUUUAAGAAAUGUUGAAGUUAUAAAGAAGUUAUGCAAUGCAGUUUUAAUUUUUCAAUAAAAGUUUAUCUUAAAAAUGACUAAUUUUUCUCAUACAAUUUUUGUGAAAUCUUUUUUUUCCUUAUGAAUAUGAGACAAAACUAUGCAACACAAUCCCUUAUCUUAAAAAUAGUAAGGAAAAUGCUAAGGCAACUAUUUAAUUUUAAUUGCUGAUUGAAUGUGAGCUUGUACCAACAGAGGCUGAGGAAUAACCACAAGCACAGAACCUUGGCAAGUUUGGACAGGAUUGUUGAGACAUUAUUAGCACUGUAUAAUGUGAAAAAUGUGCUUUAAAGUCUGGAUUCUAGACCAUAUUUUGGGGCAACCCACCAUUCUCUUGUAGAACAUAAAAUAAUUUUAGAAUUUUUUAUACCAGAUAGAUUGAAAAAUUUUGAAUUCAGAAAAGUAUAAAAUUCUUUUUUUUUAUGGUAUGGAUAAAUUCUGAUUAAUUGCUGCUCUAUUCAUUAUCCAUAAAACAGUCUUUGAUUUUAACAGUAUAUAGGAAAUUUGAUUUUGAUUGCUUUAGGAUAGGAUGCUCAUCCUUCAAGUAGGAUGAGUUUUCUUAAGAAAAGCUUUAUUUCCAAGUUAAAUAUUUUAUGAAGCAGCCACUCAUAAGAAAAAU